AUGAAGCUGCUUCAGAUUGCUUCUGCUGUUGCGGUUGCUGCGCUGUCGGCAACGAGCGUGUCGGCAUCGCCGCUCGACUCGGACGUGCUCGCCUAUCCUGCUGGCGUCCAGCGCUCGGUCGAGGCGCGAGAGGUGGAGCGUCUCGUGGCGCGCGACAACACCGCACCCACCUCGCCGUUGACCAACUACCAGCAGUACCAGUUCCCCGCCCAGCUCUCGCAGGCCGCCUACUGUGGCCAGCCCGUCGGCGCCAAGGUGGGCGACGCGCAACUGCUCUGGACCGCCGGUGACGGUCGAUCGACCCCGAUGACGUUUGUUGCCUACUCGCCCAGCAGGGGCGUCAUCGUGUCGCACCAGGGCACCAACACCUCGAGUUUCUCUUCGAUCCUCAACGAUGCCGACUUUGCGCUCGACCCGGUCAACUCGCGUCUGUCGUACCUCGGCAGCGUCAAGGUGCACGGCGGCUUCCAGGACACCUGGCUGCGCACCGCCGACUCGGUGCUCGCCCAGGUCAAGUCGGCGCUCGCCGCCCACCCGGGCGCUGCCGUGCUCACCGUCGGCCACUCGCUCGGCGCCGCCAUCUCGCUGCUCGACGCGCUCUACCUCAAGAAGCAGCUGCCCUCGUCUUCGGUCAAGUCGGUCGUCUUUGGCCAGCCCAGGACGGGCGACAAGGCCUUCGCCAACGCCGUCGACGCCAACCUGCCCGGCUUCGUGCACAUCAACAACGGCCGCGACCCCGUCCCACGCCUGCCGCCCGCGAUCGACUACCAGCAUGCGUCGGGCGAGAUCUGGAUCAACCCCGCCAACUCGCUCUCCGCCGUCACCUGCCCCGGCCAGGAGAACAAGAACUGCAUCCUCUCGGUCAACCCCUUCACCUACGAUGUCUCCGACCACACCGGCACCUACUUUAACGUCCACAUUGCCGGUCGUGGCGAGAACUGCCCCGCCGUCAUCGGAUGA